AUGCAUGUUCCAUUAACUGAUAGCAACUUGCAAUCAUUCACAUUACUACCAGAUGAACGUCAAAACAUAACUUCGAGACGCCUGAAACGAGCUCCCAUUAACAUUGCUCGCAUGUUGGUUGGAUUAGAAGUAAUUUUAAGCUUGAGUUUUCACAUUGCCAUGUGGAUUAGCGCAAAAAAAGGUCAUUGGAUUCAUGUAGUACUAGCUACAAUAGUAGGGAUAAAUCUAGUAGCAGCAGCGAGGUUACUCACACGCUUGAGAGGAACUAAUGCGGCUUCCCCGAUAACAGUAUACUUAGUUUGGAAGAUGCUUCAGGAAGUAACAAUCGUACCUGUACUAGUGGUUUUCACAUUCAUAAUGCUAGAGGGAUACAUCAAAUCUUGGGCAAAUCCUACCACAGCUAUUCAAGUUCUCAUAGUAGUUUGGAUUUAUGCAGCUUACUCCUUUUAUCUCAUCAUUUACUUAUGCCGAUUAGCACGAUUGCUAUGGAAGAGAAAAGAAGAGAAACGCCGUAACUCAAUCAACAGCACUAUUUCAAUAAUCACACAGUCUUUUGACACAAAUACCGGUGGUGAUAUGGAAAUACCUAACUGA